AUGGAGCCAGACUCUGGAGGGAGCGGGUUUUCAGAGACCAGCAAGACUUACUGCCUGGAUCAGGAACCAUUCCAACCACGAUGUGCUGUGCUGUUGGACCUCUCUGAUGCUUUGGGCCCGGCUCUACAGAGAAACCAGGCCAUGCUAGCAGGAUCCAGGAGAAACCAGGCCGUGCUAGCAGGAACAAGGAGGAACCAGGCCGUGCCAGGAGGAACCAGGCCAUGCCAGCAGGAACCAGGAGAAAGCAGGCCGUGCCAGCAGGAACCAGGCCAUGCCAGGAGGAACCAGGCCAUGCCAGGAGGAACCAGGAGAAAGCAGGCCGUGCCAGCAGGAACCAGGCCAUGCCAGGAGGAACCAGGAGAAAGCAGGCCGUGCCAGCAGGAACCAGGCCAUGCCAGGAGGAACCAGGAGAAAGCAGGCCGUGCCAGCAGGAACCAGGCCAUGCCAGGAGGAACCAGGAGAAAGCAGGCCGUGCCAGCAGGAACCAGGCCAUGCCAGGAGGAACCAGGCCAUGCCAGGAGGAACCAGGAGAAAGCAGGCCGUGCCAGCAGGAACCAGGAGGAACCAGGCCAUGCCAGCAGGAACCAGGAGAAAGCAGGCCGUGCCAACAGGAACCAGGCCGUGCCAGCAAGAACCAGGAGAAACCAGGCCGUGCCAGCAGGAUCCAGGAGAAACCAGGCCGUGCCAGCAAGAUCCAGGAGAAACCAGGCCGUGCCAGCAGGAUCCAGGAUGGACCAGGCCAUGCCAGCAGGAACCAGGAGGAACCAGGCUGUGCCAGCAGGAUCCAGGAUGGACCAGGCCAUGCCAGCAGGAACCAGGAGGAACCAGGCCGUGCCAGUCCCUUUGCAGAUGCUAACUGGGUUUCUAACCGCUCCAGCCCUGAACCGUCAGGACCCCAAUCCAGCCCCCGUACUGUCAUAGAACUGGUCUUUAGGACGUUAGCUGACAACAGUUUGCGUGAUUCUGUUUUGUCUUUGAUGUGGAGUAAAUGGAAUUAAUUUCUUCCAACAAAGAUCUGGA